CGAGACAAGAUGGACUUAGAAGAUCUGUGCGGAGAGCUGGCUGCUCUUCGUGAAGAGAUAGCUGGUUUGAAGGGAGAAGUGGCCACACUGAAGGGAGACAACGCCGUACUGAAGGGAGACAACGCCACACUGAAGGGAGAAGUAACCACACUGAAGGGAGACAACGCCGCACUGAAGGGAGACAACGCCACACUGCGUCAGGAGGUGGUCCAUCUACGUGAAGAGGUGACCCGCCUGCGACAGGCUGUCCUCGAGGAGCGCACCACUCGCCAGGUCGUCGUGGAGGAGCUGCGGCAGGAGGUCCGCCGGCGAGCGGCGCCAUCCGACCGUUCGCAGAUUGACGGCGAAGAGGUGGUCUCACUGAAGGCCGACACCUGUGACAAGUGUGACGCCACCACCAGUUGUGACGUCACCCCAACUACGGAAGAGAUGGGGCCGGCGUCCGGUAAGCGUAGGCCGCCUGCGGCUCGCGAGGCCAACAUCUACCACCUGGACACCGAGCUGCUGAAGAUGGUGAUGAGCAAGAUGGACUGUAGGGAUAUGUUCCGCGCCAGGCGGGUCUGCCGUCGGUGGCGGGCCGCCAUCGACGAUAUCGUCGGCGACUGUCGGCGGGAGCUAACCGAUCAGAAAACCCGCGGUGGAAAAGUCACGGCGCCGGCCACGAGCCUGGAGCUUGUAUUGAAGGUGCAGGACCAGCCGAAACUGACCGAACUGCGGGCGCCGACCGCUGAGACGGACACCGACCUCCGACUGGUCGCCACCUGCCACGCCCUGGAGAAGGCCAACCUGCGCGGCUUCAAGCUGCGGGUCUCUGCCCUGCGCCGGCUGGCGCGUGCCAACGCCUCCAGUCUGCGUGAGCUGACGCUGCCGGCCGGUAUCAACGACUGGCAGCUGGAGGCGCUGCUGGAGCCGCUGAAGGCUCUGGAGCGGCUCGAUGUGAGCCCACCUGUGGACAGCUCCGGCAAGUGGCUGCGCCUGCUGCCCAAGUCGCUGAAGAGACUGGACAUCACUGGAUCCGGGAUGACUGAAACGCCGGUGUAUCACCCCCGAUGGCCGACGUCUGGACUGGAUGUUUGUGUACAGCUAGCAACGGACACACUCCUGGACCAGCUGGCUGUCCUGGCGACCCACACAGUUACAGGACUGUUUAUAACUAAGUCACCGGAUGUGACACCGGAAGUGACGGAACGCCUCCUGGCAGCCCUCACCAGCUUGAAGGACGUCGGUGUUGUCAGAUCGGGUGUCAUUUCCGAAACUGUGCUGUCCGCCCUUCACGGCUGUUCCCAGCUGGAUACGGUGCAGCUCAAAGACACCCGACCCCUCACGGACAUCCCUGCCCUGACCCAGUCAGAGGUGGCUGCGGUCAGCAGGAUGGCAGUGACCUGCAGGAAACUGUAUAGACUGCUCCUAACCUCCUCACUCGAAAACUGCCAGGCUGUCCUGACCGCCCUGCACGAUACAGACCUGGGAUGUGACAGUGGCCAGUCCCGUACCAUCAAUCUCUGUGUCCCCAAGUCUGUAUACGACAAGCUUACUAAGCCACCCAACGGCAGCAAAAUCACCGUGUACUACUUCUAAAAGCCUGACUGAUCAGUGCCUCGACCGCUCCGGUGACGGCGGCAGUGUCGGAACUCGACAACAGAUGGCAGCACCGUGUCCCGUCGGCAGCGCUGUUCUGUACACAAUGCACGUCUAGACCUUCAUAUCCAGAAGUGCUUUGAGCCGCCCUGUCCCAUGGGCUCAGGUCCGUGGGUACUUUACCGCCGUGCCAGGCUGGUUUGGGUUGAGUGGCCACCUACUAUGAACGUCAAACCCCUUAAGACCCCACUAUUUUGCGAUAAUUUUUAAAUGCGUCAACUUUCGUUGACAAUAUUCUGGCAAUGUAUGUUUCAGAACCUGCCGAAACUUUUAUUACUAAGGUAUUUUGACGCCAAACGAUUAUGGAAGGUACUUCUCAUUCACUCGUAAUGCUAAGGUCAAAUCAGGCCCGGGGAGAGGCUUGCGCUCGGCCACACUCGAGCCCCGCCACCAGCGCCAUCUGCUCUAAAUGCCAUCUACCAGCGCCCGCUACCGCUACCAGCUACCGCCCACCAUCAAGCCUGAAUGGAGCGAGAGACGCGAGUGACCGGUCGCCGGGCAAGGAGCGCCGGAGGGGUAGGGCGGAGCUUAGCGCUGACGUCAUUACGUGGCUCCGCCCCAUGAGCGGGUAGCCUCUACCCAAACAGCAGAUACGUUCCGUGAAAUUUAACAUUACGAGUGAAUGAGAAGUACCUUUCAUAAUCGUUUGGCGUCAAAAUACCUUAGUAAUAAAAGUUUCGGCAGGUUCUGAAACACACAUUGCCAGAAUAUUGUCAACGAGAGUUGACGCAUUUACAAAUUAUCGCAAAAAAGUGGGGUCUCAUGGGGUUUGACGUCCAUAGUAAAUGCUUGAUCAUUUGAGCACAGAUUGCUACGUUUGUUGACACUGCUUUGAUAGGUAUAUUCAGUAUCUGAGAUGUAUCACGCUCUGGGCCACUGUCCAGCCGUCGGUAAACCGUUGUCACCGUGCCGGAGGUACCGCCCUGGUGGCGUCACGUGUGUUGUGACGUGACGUCACGCUGGCUCACACCGCUGUGCUGUUGUGGUUGUAGUUUCAGUUUAUACCAUAGAGUCGUUGGAGCUAGCUGUGAGGGUGUCCGGUCCGGACGAUAUCGGACCUCGCCCGUCACUGUGUCGGACCGUCGAUGGUCCGGUCGGCUGUGGUUCGUUUGGACCGGAUAUGUCCGGUUCGGUGUCGCUCAUGUGAUAUCACGGGCUGAUGGCGAUUGAAAUACACAGUGGUUGAGACGUU